CGCGCGCGUGAGUGCGCGUUCCCUCUUCAUCCGGGUCUCUGCCGUCCACAGGCAGUAAGGAGGCGGGAAAUGGCGUCCGGAGGUGCCGCGGAGAGCUGGGUGCACACUCCUCGAAUAUAACCCACCAGAGACGCUAAGAGACGGCGGCCGACUCCGCUGUGGUCCUAGGCGCUCAGGCAAGCACAGCCGCCCCGGCAGGAAAACAUCGCUUCUUUCGGCAAGUACGUCCGGAGUCUUACAUGUGACGGUCAAUACAAUGAGGCUGAGAAUGCGUAAGGCUUCUCAGCAGCCAAGCCCUGUACAUACGCCCCGUCCAUCCCGGACCAAGCGGAGACAUUCGGAAGUGGACGUGUGCACACCGGCAGGUGGGGGGGCGGUGCAGAAGAGUGAUGCAGGGCUCCUUUCCACCAUAAAGAAAUUCAUUCGAGGAAACACUGUCAAGGUGGAGCUGGAGAACCCAGCCAAGAGGAGCUGCAUCGACCGCAGCCUGGAUGCCGGACUGAUCUCGUCCACGCCCCAGAUGCCGGACCCCCUGAGCAGAGGUGCCCCCAGGGUCCGCCGUAGAGGUCCUGUGAAUGGAGAUGCCAUCAACCAUGGCACAGGAAAGCCGAUGAAGCCCAACGGCCGGCUGCAGGAGUCUGUGGAGGCUGUCAGCAGCCCUCCUCGAACCACUCUGCUGGGAACCAUCUUCUCCCCGGUCUUCAACUUCUUCUCUCCUGCCAAUAAAAAUGGAACCUCCGGCUCAGACUCCCCCGGCCAGGCCGUGGAGGCCGAGGAGAUUGUGAAGCAGCUGGACAUGGAGCAGGGAGAAGAGACCCCCACUAGCACAGCUACGUCCAGGGAGAUCUCGGGCGUCUCCCUCUACCCCGCCAGCCAGCCGCUGCCCCUAGCCCUGCGACCCCCUCCUGAUGGCGCUGUUGAGGAAGGGGAGAUUGUAACUGGCUCCGACCUGCCGCCCCUUACUGCCCCUGGGUCCGCCACAGACAGUGGCUACUCUGAAAUCCCACCCCCUGUCCCAUCCGAGGGGACAUACGAGGAGGACUGGGAGGUCUUUGACCCGUAUUUCUUCAUCAAACACGUCCCCCCCCUUACGGAGGAGCAGCUCACACGCAAGCCGGCACUCCCUUUGAAGACCCGCAGCACACCGGAAUUCUCCCUCGUCCUCGACCUGGAUGAAACGUUGGUGCACUGCAGCUUGAAUGAGCUGGAAGACUCGGCACUUACCUUUCCAGUGCUCUUUCAAGACGUCAUAUACCAGGUGUAUGUGCGGUUAAGGCCGUUCUUCAGAGAAUUUCUUGAGCGUAUGUCUCAGAUCUAUGAGAUCAUUCUCUUCACUGCCUCGAAGAAGGUGUAUGCUGAUAAGCUUCUCAACAUCCUGGAUCCCAAGAAACAGUUAGUCAGGCACCGGUUAUUUCGUGAGCAUUGCGUCUGUGUGCAAGGGAAUUACAUAAAGGACCUGAACAUUCUUGGGAGGGACCUGUCAAAGACCAUAAUAAUCGACAAUUCACCUCAGGCCUUUGCUUAUCAGCUUUCCAACGGGAUUCCGAUAGAGAGCUGGUUCAUGGAUAAGAAUGACAAUGAGCUCCUGAAACUGGUUCCGUUCUUGGAAAAGCUAGUUGAACUGAACGAAGACGUGCGUCCACACAUCCGCGAGCGCUUUCGUCUGCACGACCUCCUGCCCCCCGACUGAGCCCAGGGCACUGGGCUGCCGUCAAGGACCAGCAUAGGAACAGCUGUGGAAACUAAUAUUUCAGAUCAAACUCAUGGCCAUGUCAAAACUCUCCGGAUUACAAGACUGCCAUCCCAACUUUUCUUUUCCCUCUCAGAUCCCAACAUUUCUUUAAAAGGCAAAAACAUUUUUGAAACAACCUCCCAAUUAUAGAAUUCUUUUAUACAGAUAAAUGUAUAAAUAUAUGUAUAAAUGUCCUGGCAGCUGUAGGCGAGCCUAAGCGCGACCCUGCGGUUCGACCGGCUCUCCCCCCCCCCCCUCCCCAGAGCGCUUUCUUACUUCCCUGAGCAGCCACAGCGUCACACACAAGUGUGAUGUUGGUGCCGGAGGCGUCUGCCCACGAGAAAUAUGCUGCGCUGCGCAGAAGGGGCCUGCUUUCCGUACGAUUGGUGCUUCGAGUGGAAUCACUGACAUUUAUUGGCUGCAGAGUCAUUUCACCACAAACGGCCAGUUAAAACACGUGUGUGCGUGUGUGUGUGUGUGUGUCUGUAUACACAUCUUUCCCUAUUCAGGUUUCUGAAGCUCCCUCCUGUUAACGUAGCUGACGAGUCACCAUGCAUUCCUUUUUAGUUUUAAAUGCUUUGUUUUAUUAGACUUUGGCAAUAGAUUUAGGGUUUUCCCUCCUCGACGCGGUUGUCUUGCAUUUGUCAGCCUGCAAGAGGUUUUUUUUAAUUGGAGGGGAGGCAAACUGAGAGUCUAAUCAAAAAUGGAAUUUAUGUAGUUUCUGUAUUAAGAUAUUGCGUUAUUGUCAAUGUAUUCUGUAAAACACAGUAUGGAAGAAAUCAUAAUUUUGUAGGAAAGGAAAAUAUCAUCCCUUAUAGGUGAGAAUUACUGGCUUUCUAAACCACAGUGAUGGAUUUAAUUUGGCAAGUCUGAACUUGCUGGCCUGAUAUGUUCAAAGUUUCAGUCUGUGUGUGAGCAGUCCUGCUGGGGUCCCCUGUGAAGCUCUCCCCCGCCAGGCAGAUGGCUCACUUUACACGCUGCGGGCCACAUGGUCACCUGCAGGGGAGCUAGUUUGGAUUGCAUGUGCGUGCGUGUGGAAGGCGGGGGGGGGGAAGGGGUAUUAAACUUUGUAUUAAGCUUAAGCCAUUUUUGGCAAAACUGUUCCAAGUUUCAAUGGCAUUUACUAAUAAUAAGUGUGCUAACCAGCACGGACCUCAUUAAAGGUGGACGGGGUGAUGAUGGGAUGUAUGAGUGACUCAUGGAGUAUGCUGUCAUAUGCUAGUCUGACUUACAGUAUUUCUAAUUUACCUCCUUGGAUUCUAAGACAAUAUUGUCAGAUCCCAAAAGGAGCUGAAAUGUAGCCCAUAAAAGCAUCUUUCACUACCCCCCAGAAACAAACCUCUUCAUUUAUGUUACAGAAGGGUUUGCUUUGCUUUGCUCACCAGCAGCAGCAUGCUAUUGGCCAGCAUCAGGGUGGUUUAAACCUUCCUGUACUGCAUCUUAAAAAUCUAAAACUUGAGUACAGGAUAUCUUUUAUGCGCCGGUCACUUGUUGAGGCGAGAUGACCACCUGAUUCAGUCUCAUUCUCUGGUGUAAUAUUCAGUAUUUAUCCUCUUGAUGACAGGGUCAUUUCAAAAACAAAAGGUGGUGAUACGUAGAUGUUGCGUCAGAUUGUGUUAUUCUGUUGACGGGGCCUAGACUGUUGUAAUAUGGCUUUUGCUCUCCUUUCUGGUGCACCUUAUCCCCGUGUAGCGGAAAGGUUUCUGACAGCUGAAAGCUUCUUGCCCCUCCUCCUCUUUCCCCAGUUUGGAGUGGCGUUCCAAGCCCCUGUGUACCACCCACCCACAACAUACUUUCCACUCUGCUUAUGAGGAGACAAUCGAGAGUCCGUAAGGCUAUUCUGAAGCACUGUAAAUGUGUAUGGGAAGGGGGCCAGCAAGCUGGUCCUGGGGCUUUGCCCGCCACCCUGACUUCCGCUUCCUGCCUUAGUGGGUGGGUAAUCUUCGGGUUCUUGAAGGCUGUCUGUGUAAUUUCACCUGUAAGAUUUGGGAUAUCAUGCAUUUCCCUUUUGUACUGGGCACGCUGGAAAUGAACCUGGACACCAGCCUUUGUAAGACUUGUACAGUCAAUCUUAAAUCUGGGCAGGUGUGACCCUGGUUUGGAUGAUGUCAUUUAAAGGCAAUAUAUUACUUCAGACUGGAGAUUGUAAUAUGAUCCAACGAUGAAGAAAUCUAUAAUAAAUAUGGGGGGGGGGGGUCAGGGGACAAAACUCUCCAUGCAUCUUUAAGUCUGUGGGGGUUAGCGGGUCCUACAGAAUACCAGCAGUGUUUCUUCUGAAGGUUUGUUUGAGUGUCUUGUAAUAUGUUUGACUUGUUGCCAAGGGUACAGACUUUCUUUAGAGACGUGUGCUUUUUGAGGUCCCCUGCAUACCCUGAUUUAUGUUACACACAUGGAAUAUGCAAGCUCCGUGACCUCCCUGUGAAAAUGAGCUACCAGCGCUGUCCCUGCGGGGAGCGGUGGCUGGGGGGGGGGGGCUCCCUUGCUUCAUUGGGUCUUGGCACUUUUCUUAUGAAGAGCUAGCUCAUUUUAUAUGAUUGUUAGAGAGUAGAGCAGAGAUUUUAUGGUGAAAGAUUGUGGGAUGGGGGGGGGGGGGGGGGGGUUUCAGAAGUACAACCAGAAUUUUUUUUUCAUCUGUAGUACCCAUUUUAUUGUACAGAGGUACAAAAUAAAUGCAGCUUCAUUUUUAAAAAUCCUUAAAGUAAGGAAGAUCUUUUUAAAAUACAUUUAAUUUUUGUAUUUUUGAUUUUUAAGAGGCAUGUUUUGUCUACUUUUUAAGUGUAUUAAUGAAGAUUUUAACUUUACAUCAGGUUGACUUUCUUUCGUAUGUAUGUAUGUCUUUAGCACACUGUCAACAAGCCGUUUUAAGGAAAAAAAAAAAAAAAACCUAGCAUGUAGAAAACGCCUGUUUUUGUGGGGAAAAUCCUUCAUUAAAUUUUAAUCAUGACGGUGUAUUUCAGCAAUUUUAUUUUUUUAAAUCCAGUUUACAAAAUGGUAUUUUGCUUGCAGGAUUUCCUCUUUGUCCUCUAGAUGUACUUGGGGCACCCUUAUGUUGAUAUUCUGUCAUUCUUGUAAAAUGUACAUAAAAUUUCAAUGGAGAAAAAUUUAACAAAAGGUAAAGUUUUGAAACUUUGAAAACCA